ACAUCCCAAUCCCUCGGCGCUGCGGAUCCGCUUCCCGGGAAAGGCGCUGCUUGAGGGUCUUCUUUGAGCAAAUACGCACGUGCACUUCAGCAUUUCAUUUUAUUGUGCCUCAUCUACCGGCGCAAGACAAAUAAUUUAGAGGGGUAUUAGAGCAAAGCCAGCCUCAGGAACCGGAGCGGUGAGGCUCAAUUCGGCUGGCGAGGCUCCGGGCGCCGCCGCGUCCCUCCGGCUGAUCUCCGCGGAUGGAGGGAAACGCUUCCCAGCGGGAGAGGUGCCAUCAGUCAUCGCAGCGCUCGCCCUCUCCGGAGAGGCUGCCGGCAAACCCCCGAGAUCUCAAGAAGACGCCCAGGAUGCCACAUCGCACCAUUCAUCUUUUCCGCAAAGAGCUUCGGCUUCAUGACAACCCAACGCUGCUGGCUGCGCUGGAGUCCUCGGAGGUCGUGUACCCCAUCUACAUCCUGGACAGAAAAUUCAUGACGUCAGUGAUGAACAUAGGGGCGCUGCGUUGGCAUUUUCUGCUGCAGUCCCUGGAGAAUCUGCAAAAAAACUUGUUACAGCUGGACUCUUGCCUACUGGUUAUUCAAGGAGAGUAUGGGGCUGUUCUUCGAGAUCACGUCAAAAAGUGGAACAUCACGCAAGUGUCUCUGGAUGCAGAGGUGGAACCGUUUUACAAAGAGAUGGAGGCCAACAUACGAAGUCUGGGAGAAGAGUUGGGGUUUGAAGUGCUUUCUUUGAUCGGCCACAGUCUUUAUGAUGCCAAACGAAUUUUGGACCUGAACGGUGGGACUCCCCCAUUAACCUACAAGAGGUUUCUUCACAUUCUGUCUCUGCUUGGGGACCCUGAGGCGCCUGUCCGAAACCUUGCAGCUGAAGACUUCCAGAGAUGUAGGCCCCCUGAUCUGUGCCUGGCUGAGUGUUACAGGGUGCCUCUCCCUGUGGAUUUGAAGAUCCCCACAGAGUGCCUCUCCCCCUGGAAAGGAGGGGAAACUGAAGGGCUGCAGCGCCUGGAGCAACACUUGAUGAACCAGGGCUGGGUGGCAAGUUUUACUAAGCCAAGAACAAUUCCAAAUUCGCUGCUUCCAAGCACCACAGGCCUGAGCCCGUAUUUCAGUUUGGGCUGUCUGUCAGUUCGCAGCUUUUUUUAUAGGUUGUCAAACAUUUACGCUCAGUCCAAGCAUCAUUCUCUGCCCCCGGUGUCACUCCAAGGGCAGCUUCUGUGGAGGGAAUUCUUCUACACGGUGGCAGCAGCAACACCAAACUUCACCAAAAUGUCUGGGAACCCCAUCUGCCUUCAGAUCAAUUGGUAUGAGGAUGCAGAGAGGCUCCACAAAUGGAAAACGGCUCAAACAGGGUUUCCAUGGAUUGAUGCGAUUAUGACCCAGUUGCGCCAGGAAGGCUGGAUUCACCACCUUGCUCGGCACGCUGCUGCCUGCUUCCUGACACGAGGGGACCUUUGGAUCAGCUGGGAAGAGGGCAUGAAGGUGUUUGAAGAGAUGCUUUUAGAUGCCGACUACAGCAUCAAUGCAGGGAACUGGAUGUGGCUGUCAGCCAGCGCGUUCUUCCACCAGUACACCCGCAUCUUCUGCCCUGUCCGUUUUGGGAAACGCACGGACCCCGAGGGACAGUACAUCCGGAAGUACCUGCCUAUACUAAAGAACUUUCCUUCCAAGUACAUCUAUGAGCCCUGGACAGCCUCUGAAGAGGAGCAGAAGGAAGCAGGAUGUAUCAUAGGUCAAGAUUACCCCUUCCCAAUGGUGAACCACAAGGAAGUCAGUGAUCACAACCUGCAGCUGAUGAAACAGGUCAGAGAGGAACAGUACAGAACAGCUCAGCUCACGAGAGAUGAUGCAGAUGAUCCAAUGGAAAUGAAGAUAAAGCGUGACCACUCUGAAGAAAAUGUAAAGAAAGGAAAAGUGGCUAGGACCACAGAACAAACCUAGAUCCUGUUGGGGAUUCCCCUCUGGGAACCGAAGAAUGGCAAACAGGGAGAGCCAGAGACCAGUUCAGGGAACUCAUGUAUGGUAGUAUCCAGUUGACCUGGACUAACUGUACUCAAUACUUGGCCCUGCAAAUGGUAUCUCUUGUCUGUAAACUGACUCCCAACAAAGCAGUUUUUUUUAUCUUGAAUGUCUUUGUUAGUAGUUAUUCUGAAUGAAAUUGCUUGUCUGUGAAUGGCAUUUGUUGCAUAUGUUAGAAAAAUUCAAGCAUGAACUGGUUUUGAUAGGACAUGUUGCUACAGCAUCAUACAGAAUUCAGUUGAUGUUCAUGCAUCUGUAUAAAUAGUUUUAAUGAUAAAUACUAGUCUUUCCAAAAUGCUAGAUGAAGGCCAGUUCAAGAAUAUAUGCACAUUAAUGUUUUCACACAUUAGUGUUAAAGGCAUGACUUCACUGUCUUGCAUAGACAGAGAUUUAGGGAUUUUCAGAUGUGGUUCUUUAAUUUCACCCAGUUUGUGCACACAGUCCCCAGUUUGGCGAGAUAUAGAAGAAUGCAGCCUGUUAUAAAGUUGUGUGUAGCUCCCAUGACUUAAAUAGGAUUCCUCAUGUACUUUAAGGGCAACGUUGCAGAGUAUCUUGCUGAGUUAGGACUAAUGUACAUCUUAUUUCACCGUAACUGUCCUUCCUGGCUAGUUUCUCUGGAACUGUAGGAUAGUUAUUAUUUUGAUCAUGUAGCGCAUGUAAACAUUUACUAUUCCAUUGAAACGUCUCAUUGUGAAGUUUCACAAGAGUGGAUUAGUCAAUUAUAUUUGUUACGACUGGGGUUUGGGUGGGGGUGGGGGGAAGGGUGGGUUUUUAAUCAGUGUGGGAUGCUAUUUUUGCUUUUAAAAGAAAUAAAUGACAUGGAAAAAAAAGUAAGAUCUCUAGAGCAAUCCAUUGUCACAACUAGCAUCCGUCUGUCCUCUUCGGAAACCUGGAAGCGAGACAACUCCAGCUGCAAUCCAGUGUGUCCGGAGUCCCUCACUUUGAAAGGGUCCAUGGACCCAGCGGAGAAGCAGCACGUGGCCCACGUGAACCAGGAGGAAGCCAAGCACUGCUCCUAACAACUCAUUUUCCAGCAUUGCUGAUGAACCACAGGACCUGUCAGAGAAAAGUGCAAUGGCAGCAGAUUGGCACUGCCUGCUGCUUUUGCAAUAAAUGUGAAAGAUGCAAGGAGUGUCACCUGGAUCUGAGAGGCUGGUUGUGUUCUCCCUGCUGCGUCAAGCCUGCAUCGAGCUCCUGGAGGAGCAUUUUAGCUCCUCUACAACAAACCUGAUGAUUGCAACGAUGACCAGAAAGAAGGGCGGUUACGCAGACCCCUGAUGUGGGGAAGAAGGCCAAAGCAGUGCUUGCCACUUUGGGGAAGGUGACUGCUGCUCUACCUGCCGGCAUCUGUAAUCUGGGAAGUUAAUUGGGUUCCUUAGUAAUGUAUUAAUUAAUAUAUGUAAUGGAAUUUAUUGUAUCAGUGUCUGCAGUGCUGUAGCCCAGUGCAGGUGGCCACAGGAAUGCAGAACUGGUUCUUGCCUCACAUUUUAAGGCAUAGUCAUUGCCUUCAAGCCCAAAAUGGGCUGGGCUUUGGUUACCUAAAACAUCACUAACUUGAAGACCUUUCUGUUGCUUGAGGUUUCACCGUGAGUCCUAGGAAAUGUCUAGUACAGCAAAAGACAGAGCCAUCAGCAGCAGUUGGAUGUCUUCUGGUGUUCAGCAUCGCCACUAACCCUGUGACCCAGGAGAUGAUUUUUAUGGAUGCUUAUUGGUCAUGAACAUGCAUGCAGCCACAGGCGCAUCCUCCCUUGGGGAGAGACUUCUAACUGUGCAGGUGGCACCAGUCAACUGUUAAGGGACCCAG